AUGAACAUUUUACGUACCUCAGUACCUUAUAAAUUAACCUUGAUAAACUUACGUAAUUCCUUAAGAUAUCAAUCCACUCAAGUCCAACAUAAAGAAUUGAAAGGUAUCAAAAAACUCAUCUCUGUAUAUGGAUACUCUGCACUAAUAGUUUACAUUGGUGUAACUUUCAUUAGUUUACCUGGAUGUUACUUCACAGUUCAUUCUUUAGGUGAAGAAAGAAUAUCAAUUUUAUUGAAUAGAGUGAAACAGGUAUUUGGAUAUGGUGAAAGCGAUGAUAACGCAGUCAAAAUAAAAGUAAAAGAAAAACAAAGACAAAGGCUAGAAGCAAGAAAUAAGUACAUAGCAGAUGAAGAAGAGGAGCAAUUAAAAGAGAACGGAGUGAAUGGGACCAAUAGAUCCAUGAGUGUAAAAUGGAAAUUAAGAUGGGAAUCCAUUAAAACAUCUCCUAUUUUAACCGAGCUAAUUUUAGCAUAUGGUUUACAUAAAAGUUUAAUAUUUAUUAGAAUUCCAUUGACUGCUGCAAUUACUCCAACUUUAGCUAGAUAUUUACCUCGUAAAGUUGGUCAAUCUUUUAAUAAAUCUACCAUAACAAUCUCGAAUAUCACUGCUAAAAAUAAAUCUACUACAGCCAAUGAUCCAAUAUAUCCAAAACAACAGAAAACAGCCUUUCAAAAGUGGUUUAAUGGGUUAUUCUAA